CGCGAGAGAAAGUGCUUGGAGGAGGAUUGAAGCAUUGCACCGCUCACAAUGGCCCUCCUCGCCCGCACAAUACGCCGCUCCCUUCUCGAAUCGCGAAACACACUGCCUCCAACGUUCCUCCUCCCCUUCCGCGCCCAUAUAACCACCGUAUCGCACAACCUCGAACCUGGCAACGUACCCGACGCAGUCCUUCAAUCCGGGCAGCACAUAUCCAAAGACCUCAAAGCGAAGGUUCAUUCGCCUCCGAGCCCCUCAAAAGCCGCGUCAAAGCCAGAUUCUCCAGCGCCAAAACCGUCCGCAAACGCGCGCGAAGAUGUCGUCUCUCAAGCUAUCACCCCUUCAAUACGGCAGAUGCUUCCCCUCCUGCACUCCCAACCCCCACACUACCUAACCGUCCACAUCCACGGGCGUCCGUACCUCCUCACAGCCGGCGACACGCUGCGUCUCCCGUUCCUCAUGCCGCACGUAAAACCAGGCGACGUCCUCCGGCUCAACCGCGCAACGCACAUCGGCUCGCGAGACUACACGCUCAAGGCACCCGAACCCGUCAAGGGGACCAGAGAUCACGGAAAGAAAGUGUAUUACCUGGAUGAGAGUUUGUUUGUGUGUCGGGCACGGGUAGUGGGGAUAGAGAGCGAGCCGAUGCGCGUGAUGGAGAAGACGAAGAGGAGGCAGAGGCAUGUGAAGCAUGUGAGGAGUAAGAUGAAGUAUACGGUGUUGAAAGUUAGUGAGGUGGAGGUUAAGAGUUUGGAGGAAUAUGAGACGUUGCUGAAGGUGGGUUGAGGGGGGAAGUGGUCGGCGGAAUGCAAAUAUGGCAAGAGACGAACUGGGCUGAGAAACUAGCGAAGCUCCUUUGUAGGAAUAACCUGAUUGUAUCAUAUUGUAAAGGCAGGGUCAUGUGGGAGCAUAGCGCUUGUACAAUUGAUAAGGAACAUCUUCAUCACUUCUAGUUUCAAGCAACGAGUAUGUGGAAUUAGUUCAUUCCGACCAUAUAGACUGCGUCGCUUUGACUCAUGCGUC